UACCUCAAAUUUAUUUGCUCCUUCUCAUCUUGAGCUCUAAGGUUGUUCUCGGGUUUGCAUUUUUAGAUCAACAUAAAGUGUUUGGGAAAGUAUUGAUUCAUAUCCUUCUACAGGUGGGGAAACUAGGGUCUCAAAGCACCAAGAAAUGGGAAAGUGGUCCUAAGUGUUCUAUAACAAGAAAGAGGAUUCAAGGGGAUUGCAAGGAUGAAAGCAAGAAAGAAACGAAAAUGAUUGGGCCUAGAUGUGAAGCAUGGCAUUGUGAGGGUCCUCUUGGUGAAAGUGCAGGGCCUUUUUCAUUGCCUAUGCUUAAAAUCUGGAGCGAUGUUAACCCUUAUGCUUUAAAAUAUAGGGUUUGGAAGGUAGGAGAAUGCAAAGAUAAAGCAAUCUUCUUGAGUGAUCUUAUUCAUGGGCCCAAUGAACAUUCAAAGGACAAUUUUGAAGUUGUUGAAGAAAAGAAACAAUCUUUGGGGAUUCACCAUAAUGAAUCUAAGAUGGGAGAUGAUGGCUAUGAUGAGCAGAGGGUUGCAAGUAAGAAAAAAAGGUCCUCUAAGAUUGAAUGUGAAGCGUGGCAUUGUUUAGGUCCUCUUGGUGAGAGACCUGGGCCGUUUUCAUUGCCAUUGUUAAGGCGUUGGAGUGAAAUUAAUGCAGGUGCUUCAAAAUAUAAGGUUUGGAAGGUAGGACAAAGUGAAGAACAAGCAAUCCCUUUGAAUGAUGCUAUUUCCCAAAUUUUACCUAUAAAGUCGGAGAAAAAUUGAAGUUUUUUUAUUAAGGAAACCUAAAAAUGUCAUUAAUUUCUUUCCA